GCGUCUCCUGUACUCUCAAGACGAGCCACCACCUCCCCUCGCGAUUUCUAAAAACAGAAAAUGUUGGUCAGCGCUUCUCUCUCCUCAUCAUCCCUCUUUCUCUCUCUCCCCAAAUCUAGGGCUACAAAGCUAGGGUUUCUCCAAUCGAGCUCUCGUCAGCUUGAGAUCGCGAACGUUCCCUCGCUCUUCUAUGGAUCGUUCAUCGCCGAUCGCGUAACACGGGGGAAGAUCCGAGGGAGUGGUCCUCAAUCUUCUAUCAAUUCAGCAGAUACACUGGGGUCUUCAUCCACAACAUCUCCUCAGGAUGAAGAUUCAGUUCCAAUGCCUAUAGUUUUGAUUGACCAGGAUUCAGAUCCUAGUGCAACAAUUGUGCAACUUAGUUUUGGUGAUCGUCUUGGGGCUCUAAUUGACACGAUGAAGGCUCUUAAAGAUCUGGGACUUGAUGUGACUAAAGGGACUGUAAGCACUGGUGCCUCCAUCAUAGAAACAAAGAUAUCUAUUACAAGAAUGGGGCGCAAAGUUGAGAAUCCUGACAUGUUAGAGAGAAUCCGGCUUACUAUAAUCAACAACCUUCUGAAAUACCAUCCUGAAUGUAGUGAGAAAUUGGCGAUGGGAGAAGCUUUUGGAAUAAAACCUCCUGAAAAGAAGCUUGAUGUUGACAUUGCAACGCAUAUAGAGGUUAUAGAGGAUGGGCCAAAAAGAAGUUUACUAUACAUAGAGACAGCUGAUAGAGCUGGAUUACUGCUGGAAAUCAUCAAGAUUUUAUCUGAUAUCAAUGUGAAUGUUGAAUCAGCAGAGAUUGACACUGAAGGUUUGAUUGCCAAGGAUAAGUUCCAUGUGAGCUACAGUGGCGCUGCACUGAAUGAUUCUCUGUCACUGGUUUUGGUCAACUGUCUGCGCUACUACUUUCGAAGGCCUGAAACAGAUGAAGAUAGCUAUUAGCAUUCCCUUUCCAGAGCAGUUUACACCCAAAAAAUUGCUUCCCAUUCGCUCCUUAUUACUGAACAAAUUGUCUGUAAAUAUUGAUGGGUUGGCUAAUCUCUGCUACCCAAUGCCAUUGCAGCUCCCCACCCAUUCAAGAGCUGUACAUGCUCUCUGUUGCUUAUGCAUCUGUAACCGGACUUUCUGGGAAACUUGACACCGUCAAUGAUGGGCGUUUGGCUGAGAAAAAUGCCGCACAUGUGUGUGAACCAAAAUUAAACUCUUUUGGACGUUUGCAAAUACUCACUUGAAAAAUGAAAGGUGGUAAGGUCAGACUACCCUUCAUCUUGAUCAGUGAUUUUACCUGGU